AUGUUUCUUCAUCAAGGAUUCAUGGCUGCUAGAUACACAGCUGAAAUGGUCCUACAGAUGCUGGAUGAUGGAGAGGCAGUAACAGGGUUGGACUCAGAGUCUGAAAUUUCCGAUGAUGAGGACUCAGACUAUUGUCCAGGUGGCAGUGGCAGCCAUCUACCUGGAAAUCCUACUGAACAGGAUCAAUCUGAUUCAGAAGAUUCCUCUUCAGUGUCCUCUGAAGAAGAAAGCCAGAGUACCACCCAGGGUAGAACACAGAGCCACAAUAUCAUCAGAAGUCGAUCAGGGCCUGCACAAGGGCUAAGCACCACUGUCUCACCAAAAGAUGCAUGGGAGCUCUUUAUCACUGAUGAUAUAAUACAAGAGGUGAUGAAGUGCACAAACUUGGAAGGACGGAGAGUAGCAACAGCUAGAAGAAAAGAAUGGAAAAAUGUCACUAAAGAUGAAUUUAUGGCCUUCAUUGGAUUGACCCUGCUUGCAGGAAGUGAGAAGAACUGGGAUGUUUCAGUCCGUGAGCUUUUUGGGAGUCCUCUACAUAAUCCCAUGUACAAGGCCACUAUGGCUAUUGGAAGAUUUGAAGACAUUCGCCGCACCUUGCGCUUCGAUGAUAAGACGACCAGAGCCUUCCGACUGGAAAGAGACCAUAUGGCAGCCUUCCGCUAUGUAUGGGACCUGUUCCUGGUCAACUGCAGACAGCGAUUCAUCCCCAGUGAUUGUGUCACUGUGGAUGAACAGCUUGUGCCAUUCAGGGGUAGGUGCAAGUUCUUACAGUACAUGCCAAGCAAGCCCGCCAAGUACGGCCUAAAGAUCUUCUGGGUUUGUGAUGCACACAUCCCCUAUGCAAUAGAUGGUAUAGUUUACACAGGGAGACAACCAGGUGAAGACGUUCAGAAGAAUCUGGGGGAAAACAUUGUCCAGCAGUUGUGUAGUAGAUUUAGAAACACAGGUCGAAACAUCACAAUGGAUAACUUUCUCACCAGUGUGCCUCUUGCGCAGCAUCUUCUGGAGAAGGAUCUCACUAUUGUGGGGACUCUACGUCUGAACAAGCCAGACAUCCCUCCUCUGAUGAAGCCUUCCAAGUCCAGGGAGGUUCACAGCACAGAGUUUGGAUUCAACAACAGCCUUGCCAUGGUCAGCUAUGUCAGAAAGAAAGCAAAAGCUGUUGUGCUCCUGAGCACAAUGCACCAUGACAAAGUAGUGGAUGAAAAUAGCAGAAAGAAAAAAACAGAAGUGAUCACAUUUUACAACAAAACGAAAGGAGGUGUAGACACGACUGACCAGAUGGUUGGAACCUACACCUGCAAGCGCCAAACACAGAGGUGGCCCAUGGUGCUGUGGUACAACAAGAUUGACAUCGCCACCCUGAAUGCCUACACUUUUUUUACGGCUCAGCACCCAGAUUUCAAGAGUGGCAUCACCAAUGCACGACGGAUCUUCCUCAAAGAGCUGUCAAAGGAGCUUGUCACACCACACAUGAGGAGUCGACUGGAAGGCUGCCCCCAACUGCAAACCACGAUUAUUGAAUCAAUGGAAAGGUGUGGGGUGACAAAAGCCAAAACCCAGCCACAGGAAAGAAGAGGACAGGACCAACCAAAGAGAAAGAGGUGUCAGAUCUGCCCAACUAACAAAGAUUGGAAAGUUAACAACAGGUGUGGGAAAUGCAAUGUACCUGUGUGCAAUGAUCACAGCCAGAAACAAGUAGUUUGUCUCAACUGCAUACAAUGA